AUGCGGAUGUCUGAUGGUUUCCACGCUCAUGGAACAUUUGUGACAUUAAUGGUGUGUAUGGACAACAUCAACUUUAUCAACAAGCACGAGUCCUCCGGUGUUACAACUGUCCUGACAAUGACAACGUUGAGUAUAAGUGCCAGGAACUCACUUCCGAAGGUUGCCUACGCCACAGCCAUGGACUGGUUUAUGGCCGUAUGUUACGCCUUUGUUUUCUCCGCCCUCAUUGAGUUUGCAACGGUCAACUACUUCACUAAGCGCAGCUGGGCCUGGGAUGGUCAGAAAGAGGCCCAGGAGCAGAGGAGACGAGAGUCUGCUUCCUUCUCCAAAAAGACCAACAACACUUUCAACAUCGUGGGAACCACCUACAGCAUGGGCGUGGCCAAAGACCCCGGACUGACCACCGUCGCCAAGAGCGCCACCACCACGUCCACCCCGUCCCUGCCGGUCAGAGAGGUCCGGUUGCCCAAAAUGGAUGGCGAGUACGUGCCGGAGGGAGUGAGUAAGUCGUACAAUCGCGUCAGCAAAGUGGACAAGAUCUCUCGUAUCAUCUUUCCCGUCCUCUUCUUCAUCUUCAACCUGGCGUACUGGGCCACUUACGUCAACAGAAAGCCGACCAUCAUCCGAUCCAGCCCUCAAAAAUGAAUGCAGCAACCAAAUUGCAAAAAACUGCCAGUCCAGUCUUAGCUGGACGUGAGGCUACUGCUUUCAAAACACACGUUUACUAUUUUUUUUUACAAUUCAUAGGUUUGUGUGUAGAAACACAGUCCUGGUUUACUGGUUUGUUGUUUUGGUUUUCCAGUGUCACAGUUCCUGUGUUGCAUGAGUUCAAGUAUGAUUUGUUUUAUUACCGGUCUUGUACGGAUGAUCAUUACAUACCCACUGUAUCACACUGUGUAUCACCCGGAGGACAACUCCAGUCACCAUUGCUGUCGGUCGCCCCGGCGAGCACCUUCAGCCUCUCAGCAGCCAGUAGCGAUGUCUGUAAGCAUCAUUAAUAACCGUCCUUUCCCAGUACACCGCAGACCCAAAGCAAAAUCACCUAGAAUCAUUUUUUUUGGGCUCUCUCUGUGCAUUUACCUGUCCAGUGACUCUUAUUGUUUAAACAGCCUGAGCAGGCUGCGAGAUAAAGAAACUGUGCCUUUUUUAAUCUCUCGCCCGCAGAGAUGAAUAGUUUGGCACAUGCUGACAUUGUCUUCGAGCGUACGCCUACCUAAUGAAAAACGUCAGCGUUGAAUGAACUCUCACAGGUCGGUAUUAAACUCGGUGUUCUGCUGCGUGCGAGUUGAUUUAAUGCUGACGGCUAACUGUGAGGUGCUGGGCCGGUCGCCGUUGUUUUGAUCAUGGCAGACGGGAUGGGAAAAAGUGUUCGGUUUCAAUUAUUUCACCGUAGGAGGUUGUAAACAAUUUCAGUUGUGAGGAAUUUCAAGGCCUGACUUUAGACCCGGGCCAGUGCCACACCAGGAGGUACAUGCAUCGAAUUCCAUUACCUCAUGCUGAAGUGUUGCUGGCUUUGAUAUUUAUACCGAUUUCUUAAUUUGUUUAUCGAACAACCCAGUAUUCAUCUUUGGGAAUGCACUAUUUUUAUCGCUGUUAAUAUUUUAAUUGUACAAACUCAUUACUUUUGCAAUGGCAAGCCACCAUCGUUGUUUACCGCUGUGAGAUAUAUCGAUGUUUUGCGAGUAGUUUUCUUAGUGUUUUUUUAAUAUGUAAUCUGAGUACAUACACACAAAGUGGAUGUGUACAUAUUUAUGUGUUACCAGUGGUCCUCUAUCAAUGUUUUUAUUUAUGAAUAUUUAUUAUUUAUUCACAUAGUGUGAUCGACUUUCUUAUGGAACUUGAGUUUGAAAAUAUCCUUUGCAUUCACGUAGAAAGUGCCAGGUUUACAUGUGAAAUUAAAAUCAAGACAUUUUUUUGUAGAUAAACAAAAAAAGUUGCGUAAAGUAUGUACUUAUGUGACAGCAAGCUAUAUUAAGCAAAAAAGCAUUAACUUUAACAUUUCAUUCAUUUCACGAACCAUUAACGUAGCUGUUGAUCGAUAGCUUUAGACGCACUACGUUGAAUCUCACUCGUCAUUUUUAAUAUGAAUAUUUAUGAGUAGGAGAAAGAAUAGGGCCUGGUUUUAUUUUAAUAUCAUACACUCUAAAAAAAAUUUGAGUUGUUUCAAAACCCAUGGUUGGGUAAAAUAUGGGCAUCUCAAACCUUGGAUGUCCAUUUUUGACCCAACAGUGCGUUGAACCAACCCAUCUUUUUUUGAGUGCAGAUAAGGCAUGAGGAGGUUUUUUCCAUGACAUAGUACAUGGGAUGUAUAAAGAAUAAAUUAAUGCAUGACAAUCUCUUCAUUAGCUACAUCACCAGACACACACGCUAAUGUGUUAUCUUUCUGAAUUACGGUUCAUGGUUUUAUAUCUUGUAGUGGCCGUUAAAAUAGCCGUGUAUCUGGAGUACAUAUCUGUAGGCUCCUCUUCAUCCUAUAUGAGCUACGGUAGGGCUAGAUCAAACAGUGGUUCAGUAUUGAUUGUCUACGCAAUUAGUACUAAUCAUAAAUAAAGCCACAUCUAAGAAGUAUAUUUAUAUAGGAGUUAAAGCAUUUAUUUAUGCGAACUGCAUAUAAAAUGGCAUACAUGAUCUAUGUUUUUUACCGUAUAAGAUAUAACCUUUAUAGCGUCAGUACAAAUGUAAAAAAACAAUAUUGGGUAGAGCUAUGUAGUGGCAUGAUAGUCGAUUCAAAUAUAAGAACAAGUUGUAAUAUUUUAGAUAUCGUCAGCCCACUUGAAAUCAGAGACUUGGGAAACAUAGUCGUGUCGAUUACCGUAAUCGUUCUGUAAACGUCAACGUAUUCGUCAGUUAUGUGGGAUUUCUCACACACAGAUCAGUGAAAUAUUACGUGUUCAAGAGGGUGACAGUAAAAUGUACAGUAUAUGUUAAUGAUGUUAGCGUUUAUUAGCGACGUUUUCGCUAUCAUUUGAGUGAAGCUUAAUGGAGUACAAAUGCUAAUUGGUCAUUUUAUCACUGCCGGACGCUAAUUGAAAAACUGCUAAAAAUUGUACUGAUCUAUUCCAUGUCUUGCUUUAAAACGUGCAUCUUACUGCCCCCUUGUUCCAGAACCGACCCGGAUCAUUCUGGAUCAUGUUUAUCGCAUCGGCUAACAAGUCUAGCCUAGCGCUACUCUGCCAGAUGUACCACCUUGUGUGCACUUUUCAAAAGUUUACUGUGAAGAGGCAGAUGUUCAAUCUGCCAGGCUCCCUGUACAUACUGGAUCCAAAAAAUACAUCUUCAGCAAUUUUACUGCAUGUCCCAAAGCGUCAGAGUCGAGAUGUCUGACUCAACCUUGCGGUUUCAUAGACAAGUGAUUCCUGGUAGAUGUUAUCUUAUAAAAGUUCUUUCACACUGUCUGGCUUUGAUAAGCGAAUUACUCUUUGUGAGAAGCCUCAUUCUUGACAAGCUAUAAUAAACGACAGCGGAGAAACCCAGAGGACGUUGUAUGUACUUCUGUUAAUAUAAAAGACGGUACGAGAUGAACGUUAUCAACUGAGGACGGUCGGUUUGUUUUGACGACAUCAAUUUCGUGCCUCUUGGUGGUUCGUCACGUCAUGUGAGUUGUACUCUGGCGCAUGCUAGCUAUUUCGUUUCGUCGUGUUACACUGUGAUUUAAUACCAAAAGGCUGAUAGGACAAGUGACCUAGAACGUGUCUAGGAAACGACUCGAGUCUCUCUAAAUCUUGUUAGUGCGACACUUCUCAGCUCGUGACUCGAGUCAUAUUGAACAGUGGAAAUUGCUCUGACACGCUGGUUGAUUCGAUGUCCUUGAUAUAAAUGCGGUUUUGAGAUGAGACUCACAGUUGCUGAGAUUUACGCCGUGAAUACAGUAUGCCUUCGCAAUCAAAGCCGCGCCGCUGCUGUCGGAGAAGUCAGAAGGAAUCUCAAGAAAAAUGCUGUGCCGGAGCGAAAGUGAAUUGGUGAAGCCUCCUGCCUCAAAACAAACUGCUAUGUUUACUUGACUCGCUGCCUGGGCCAUACAUCAUGAUUAUUGCCAAAUUAUCAGCUGUGCCAAAUGACCUUUAGAGAUAAGUGAAGGGGGGAUGAUUUGCCCAUGGAUAUCGCAUGACAUGUGUGGGUGUAUACUGUAUACACACACACCAACACGCUACUCCGCGAUUUGGUUUCUUGCAUUAAAAUGUCAAGAAGGCAUUUGUGAUUGGACAAUUUGAGAAACGCUAAUGACACAGAUCACAUUUGCAUAGCGUGUGAUUUGCCAGCACAUUGGGGGCGGACCGCAACGAUUGGGACAUUCCCCAACGGUGAAACAUCUGAUACGUUUGACUGCAUUACCGAUUCAGACCCUCAGAUCGGCAGCCAAGCUCAACGCUGUUGAGUCAAACACAGUUAAGUGAAUUGAUCCAAAUUAUUUCUUUUUGCCCAGCGGAAACCACAGAGUUUGGUCGAUCUGUGUUUUAUAUCCAUAAUAUGCAUUUUUGAAACUGACCCAAGUGUAACUUUUUAGUUGAUGCUGCAGAAAUGAGGUUGCUUUUUGCUAGAUUGUGCUUUUUGUAAUGAAAUCUAUGUUCUGUUAAUUAUUAAGAGACUUGGAGCUACACUGCGUGCUAUAGCUGGGACUGUAUGGAAAAUGGACUGAAACAUUCUUUUCUUUGCACAUGAAAGCAAAUGCUUCUAGCUACGUAAGUUCGAUGGCAAAACGGUGUUGUGUUCCAAAUGUGCCAAAACGCAAUUCAUAACACGUAAACGUGUUUUGGGGGUGCAACACAGGACGCUAGCGUAAAAUCGUAUUUCUCUGUGGUCAGUUUUCAGGUCAGCUAUUGUCAUGGCUGAGCAACAGUUGGAAGAAGUAAAUUGAAUAAUAAGGUAUAUGUACAGUAGUGCCUUUCGGAGAUCAGCAACGAUGCCAGAAUGCAUAUCGGUGCGUAAUUGAGUUGGCCAAAGAUUUGCGUCUGCGUUCUUGUACAGACUGUUUCUAAGUGUGAGGUUUCUCUUACUGUGCUGAUAGUUGCUGUUUCUAUAGACGGUUUCAAAGCAGCAACAUAAACGAACGUUACUGCGCGCGUUCGUGGACUGCCCUAAACUUCCUGCAGAUUAUUUCUGAUAACAACCAAAAGAAACCGAGGAAAAACGUUACUUGGCUAAACUUGCCUCUCCAAUAUUUUGAAUUAAGACUGCAAUACCAAGCUUAACCACUAGAUGUCAAUGUACCGUAAGGUUUCUUUAAAUGCGACAAAACUACAAGUCGCAUUCAACAAAUUGUUUAUUUAAUAAAAUGAAAAUACAACAAAAUUCAACAAAUUGGUGUACAAUACAAUAAUAACAUAUAUUAAUAUUAACAGAAAUAAAAAUAAAUUAAAAAUAGUUAUAUUAUUAGACACUUGCCAGACCGAUAAAAAAACACAGAUCAGAAGUUUACUGCAGUCCGGGCAUGCAUCUGAUAAAACGGUCUGUAAACUUCUUGCUUAUCUGUUUUUAAAGCUGCAGUCUGUAACUUUUCUCUCUAUCGUCAUCUCUGUUUGAAACAUAAAAUUUAUUCAUGCACUUAUCUUUACGUGGUUUGAAGUCAAAUGGCAUCUGACGUUUCCUGUGAAACAUUGCAAACAAAACCUUAACCCCCCCAAAAAAAAGUUACUGAUUGCAGCUUUAAGUACCGGCACAUUUAGUAACUUUGCCAGAAUGGUGCGUGUGCCAUUCUGUACAAACUGUACAAACAGGAAGAGUUACUGUACAAUAUUCCCAAAAUGUUUAGCACAUGCACAUUGCACACUGAGAAUUUUUUUACAGUGAUUACAAUGUUGUGUUGUAAUUUUGUAACAUGCAUGUUGCAAUUAAAAGCGAACUGUUGUCAAACACAUCUGAAAGCCAACACUCAAUGAACCCUGGGAAAUGAUGUAUUAGAUUGUAAGGUAAUGUACUUGGCUUAAGUGUGCAGAUUUCUCUGAAGUAUAGCAUUUUGCUGUGUCGUAAACAGUAUUGUAAAAAAGUAUUGUGCUGAUGUAUGGCCAGCGUUUCUGAAAUAAUUGGAGCAAAUUUCGUGAACGCUAGAGUUUGUUCGCUCAUUUGAUCUGUGGUUUUCUCUGCCUCUCUGUAGCUCUAAGACAGACAGUACAAGUCAAAAAUGUUGCUUCUGUUAAAUCUUGAAUUCAAGGUGUUCCUUUUUGUUGUGGAAGUUUGUUUGUUGGGCUAAUAGCAGUAUCCUAGUGUUGUUUUAUAUCUUUAUGUGUCCUGGUUUGCUGUUCUUUACGUUGAAUAAAGAUUUGGUCCAUUCAUUCACUUGGCUUUUGUGGUUUUUCUUGUUUCAGUCGUGAUGGUGCAGACUGUGUAUGUGUGU